CGUCUAUUCUGUGUAUACACUGAUGUGGCGCUAUUCCAACUUCAACUGUACAAACCCAAAAUCCCUCCCUCUCCGCUAAGCUGCUUUCACUGACGCCCAAAUCACUGCAGAUUAGCUUCUCACCAUCCGAUUUCUCUAUACAAAUCUUCAAUUUCUGCCGGAAAAGUCUCUUUCUUAUUUUCAGCUUAAAAUUUCCCCCAAUUUUUGGGGAAGGGAAACAUGGUGGAGGUGGCGCCGCAGCUGACACCGGAGGAGGAAAAGCAAGCCGUUAGAGACAUUGCUGUGGCCACCGAAGCCCAGACUAAAGUCGGCGACACUUUUUAUUUAAUUACCCAAAGAUGGUGGCAAGACUGGCUUGAGUAUGUAAACCAAACUAGCAUUGUUAAUGAUGGAUCUUCUUCUGAGCAUCAGGGAGCAGUCAGCUCGAGUGCAUUGAAGAAACCAUCUUGCAUUAACAACUCUGAUUUAAUAGAUGAAGCAGUAUAUGAGGAUUCUGCUACGGGCAUUGAACUUCAUGAUACCUUAGUGGAAGGAACUGAUUAUAUACUGCUUCCGAAAGAAGUAUGGAACAAACUACAUUCAUGGUACGGAGGUGGUCCUGUGUUGGCCCGUAAAGUAAUCAACACAGGUCUUUCUCAAACGGACUUGUCAGUAGAAGUUUAUCCACUACGCCUCGAGUUACAUUUGAUGCCAAAAGGUGAUCGUUCGUCCAUAAGAAUUAGCAAAAAGGAAACAAUUGGAGAACUUCACCGAAAAGCUUGUGAAAUUUUUGAUCUUACACCGAAGCAAGUAUUUAUUUGGGAUUACUUCAGCCAUCAAAAGCAUGCAUUGAUGAAUGACUUGGAAAAGACACUUGAUGAAGCAAACAUUCAAAUGGAUCAGGAUAUCUUGGUAGAAGUAAUCAACAUUAAAACAGGUGGUUUGAGUUCCCACCAAGAGAAUGGAUCAAUUAAUAAUGGAAGCCUGGCUCCUGCUACUUCGCAUUCAAGUAUUGCGACUUCUGGAGGUUUAUCUGCAAGCAAGUUUUCAUCACGAAACGGUAAUUCAGAAUCCCACUUUCAAAACCUAAAUACAGACAAGGCAUAUGGAACAAGCAGUAUCAGUACAAGAGGGGCUACUUGCGGUCUCACUGGACUGUUGAAUCUUGGGAACACUUGUUUUAUGAACAGUGCUAUACAAUGCCUAGUUCAUACACCAGAAUUUGCUCGGUAUUUUCGUGAAGAUUACCAUCAAGAGAUAAAUCGACAGAAUCCUCUGGGCAUGGUUGGGGAGCUUGCUUUAGCAUUUGGAGAUCUACUUAGAAAGUUGUGGGCACCAGGACGAGCUCCAGUUGCUCCUAGGCCAUUUAAGGCAAAGCUAGCUCGCUUUGCUCCACAAUUCAGUGGAUGCAGUCAACAUGAUUCACAGGAACUACUUGCAUUUCUCUUAGAUGGGCUUCAUGAAGAUCUGAAUCGUGUAAAACACAAGCCAUAUAUAAAAUCUAAAGAUGCAGAUGAUCGGCCCGAUGAAGAAGUUGCUGAUGAGUAUUGGGCAAAUCAUAUUGCUCGUAAUGAUUCGAUUAUUGUGGAUGUGUGUCAAGGUCAAUACAAAUCAACUCUUGUGUGUCCUGUAUGCAAUAAAGUUUCAGUGACAUUUGACCCAUUCAUGUAUCUGUCGUUGCCUCUUCAGUCUACUGCCACUCGUAGUAUGACGGUAACUAUUUUUACGUGUGAUGGAAGUGCAUUGCCAGCAGCCUACACGUUAACUGUGCCAAAGCAUGGGCGUUGCAGGGAUUUGAUCCAAGCACUCAGUAAUGCUUGUUCUUUGCAAUUCAAUGAGAAACUUCUGCUUGCUGAGAUAAGAGGCCACUUAAUUUACCGAUUCUUGGAAGAUCCAAUGAUAUUAUUAUCUACCAUAAAAGAAGAUGACCACCUUACUGCUUACAAGAUUCCAAAAGUGUUGAAGAAAACAAAGUUCCUACAACUGAUACACCGGCGGGAAGAACAGGGUACAGGAAAUGCUCAGAGCUCUGUUGGGUGGAAGCCUUAUGGAACUCCUCUUGUUUCACCAAUAUCCUGUGAUGAUACUAUAACUCGAAGUGAUAUACAGCAGAUAGUUCAUACUAUGCUCUCACCGAUGUUAAGAACAAAAGGUUCAGGUGCUAUGACCACGAGCAAUGCUUCAACUAAAUCUCAUAAAGAUUCAAGUAUAGCUGAUCCAAUAAAAGGAGAUGGUGGCAGUUCUAAACCAAUGCUUUCAGAGAAGCUUCCACUGCAGCUGGUUGAUGAAAAUAAUGCUUGCAUUGACUUGACUGUUGGUGAUGAUAAGGUGGUUAAGUUGUCAUUACCCUCCAUGUCAAUUCUUGUAUUUGUUGACUGGUCCCAGAAGCUUCUGGCAAGCUAUGAUACCAACCACAUAGAAAAUCUUCCAGAAGUUUGUAAGCAUGUGCAUGUAAGCAAGAAAGCUCGUAAUGAACCUCUCUCACUGUACACUUGCUUGGAAGCUUUUCUGCGUGAGGAGCCCUUGGUGCCUGAGGACAUGUGGUACUGUCCUCAAUGCAAGGAGAGGCGCCAGGCAAGCAAGAAACUGGACCUUUGGAGGCUUCCCGAAGUUCUUGUUAUUCACUUGAAAAGGUUCUCCUACAGUAGGUCAAUGAAGCACAAGCUUGACACAUUUGUUAAUAUUCCCAUUCAUGACUUCGAUUUGACGAAUUAUGUUGCAAACAAGAACAACACACAACGUCAGAUAUAUGAACUCUAUGCCCUGACAAAUCAUUAUGGUGGCAUGGGCAGUGGACAUUACACGGCGCACAUAAAGCUUCUGGAUGAAAACAGGUGGUACAACUUCGAUGAUAACCAUAUAUCGCCGAUCAAUGAAGAAGACGUGAAGUCAGCUGCUGCUUAUGUCCUAUUCUAUAAAAGGGUGAACAAUGAUAGAUCUUCUGCAAGUAAUGGUGUCGACUCUAAUCUUAACAGCCAAAACAUUAACUCCAACAGCUAGCUAGUUUUACCCGACACCAUUUUGUCUGUAAAUUAACUGUUGCAUUCCGGUUUAAAUACUAGAGAAGUCAUAGAGCCUUAUAGGAAAAUGAAGAGGUUACAGUUAGCAGAGGCAAGAAAAGUUAUAUCGGAUAAUAUUUUGAGUUGGGAAAUGAAGUAUUGUUGUGACAUAGAUGGUGAAUUUGGCUGUGAAACCUUUUGGAUCUCAAACAAUACUUGUAAAAUAAAAUCUGUCUUCAAGCUUCUGCAA